AUGCAACGGAUCGUAGACAACGCUCUCGCUGUCACCAAAGAGUCAGUGAAAACUAUAACAUAUGAGUCUUUGAACAACAUUGCAAGAUGCAUCAAUGGUGUAUCAGCUCUUCUCUUGACAGUUCUUCCUGGGAAGGCUAAUAUUCUUGAAGGUCUCCAUGGAUGGGAACUCAGGCCUACGUUGCGUGGACCACGUUUGCCUCGGUGGAUGCAUAAUGGGGUCUCUUCUUUCAACCACUUCAUUCAUGAGCUCUCUGUGGAUUCUGAUACUUCGAGCUUGGAGUAUUCUUCUGGAGAGGAUAGUGAUGGUGCGUUGCCUGCUUCACCAUCAUCUCAAAGCUCACGCUUCUCUUGGGCCAGCGUCUCUGCUAGUUCUGAAAGUCACUGGACUGAGUGGAUUACGUUUGUGCUUUGGUGGUUGAUAUUUCCUUUACGGAUCUUGCUUUGGGUGCCGCAAUAUUUUGUGCGUUUGUUCUUUAAACGAAGCUCAAGACCUCCUAUGAGCCCAAGAAGGAACCAGCAUUCAGCUAGACCUCGUAUUACUAUUAGCAAGACUAAGUCAAGCAAAGACCAUGAUGUUCCCAACCGAGCUACUGAUAGAAGACGUGGAGUUGUUGAGGAUCUUCAUCUUGCUAUCGAGAUCUGCAUAGAAGCAAUAUUUGAUUUUUUUCACAAGGCUACACAUCUGCUUCUUUCUCCAUCGGAAGCUUUUGCAAUCAUGUCAUCAUGGUUCUCUUCCCGCCGUCACAGCCCUAAUGAAAACAAUGAUAACGGUUCAGAUGAUGAGACUGUGCAGACUGCUACUUUGGGAGAUCCUGAUCCAUCUGUCAAAGAAAGGCCAACGCGCUUAUACAACUCCAUGAACACAGAUACUCGAACGUGUCAAGAUGUCAUAACAGAGCUAGGGUAUCCUUACGAAGCUAUUCGUGUUGUUACAUCUGAUGGAUAUGUUCUUCUCUUGGAAAGGAUACCAAGACGUGACGCAAAGAAAGCUGUUUUUUUGCAGCAUGGGAUUUUGGAUUCUUCAAUGGGAUGGGUAUCUAAUGGAGUCGUUGGAUCUCCGGCUUUUGCUGCUUAUGACCAAGGCUAUGAUGUUUUCUUGGGGAACUUCCGGGGUUUAGUUUCAAGAGAUCACGUGAACAAGAACAUAUCCUCCAAAGAGUACUGGCGAUACUCUGUUAACGAGCAUGGUACUGAAGACAUCCCAGCGAUGAUUGAAAAGAUCCAUGAAAUCAAAACUUCAGAACUGAAGCUCUGCCAGCCAAACAUCGAUGAGGAAAUCAACCAGGAGGAGCCUUAUAAGCUCUGUGCCAUUUGCCAUAGUCUAGGUGGUGCUGCAAUUCUAAUGUACGUCAUCACUCGCAAAAUCAAGGAGAAGCCACACCGACUCUCCCGGCUGAUCCUACUUUCACCUGCUGGAUUUCACGAGGACUCCAGCUUAGGUUUCACCAUUGUUGAGUACCUAUUCCUUUUUGUGAGCCCCGUGUUGAUUCGCAUCGUGCCUGCCUUCUACAUACCAACAAGAUUCUUCAGGAUGCUUCUGAACAAGUUAGCCCGUGACUUUCACAACUACCCUGCUCUUGGUGGACUGGUCCAGACUCUGAUGAGUUAUGUAGUUGGUGGAGACAGCUCGAACUGGGUUGGAGUCUUGGGGUUGCCUCACUACAACAUGAACGAUAUGCCAGCUGUCUCCUUCCGUGUUGCGCAACAUCUUGCUCAGAUCAAACACACUGGCAAGUUCAGGAUGUUUGAUUACGGGAGCAGAGCAGCUAACAUGGAGGCUUAUGGCUCUCCUGAGCCGAUUGAUCUAGGGGAGUCUUACAGGUUCAUAGAUGUGCCUGUGGAUUUAGUAGCGGGGAAGAAAGACAAGGUGAUUAGGCCUACCAUGGUGAGGAAACACUACAAGGUGAUGAGAGAUGCUGAGGUUGAUGUAUCGUAUAAUGAGUUUGAGUAUGCUCAUCUUGAUUUCACAUUCUCUCACCGUGAAGAGCUUUUGACGUAUGUGAUGUCGCGGCUUCUGCUUGUGGAACUGACACCAGCUCAACAGAGGCAGACUAGUCAGAAAGGUAUGAAGUUGAAGAAGAAGGAGGCUUAG